AUGGAGGACCCCGACAAGAAACUGAAUCAGAAGAGCGACGACAAACCCAGGAAAGUACGCUUCAAAAUCUCCUCUUCCUACAGCGGCCGAGUGUUGAAGCAGGUCUUUGAGGAUGGGCAGGAAUUAGAGUCACCCAAAGAGGAAUACCCUCACAGUUUUCUGCAGGAGGCCCUUGAACCAAUGGAUGGUGUUUAUGGGUCAGGAGAAGCCCCCAAGCCCCAGCUGUACUCCCCUAAACUGACUGCUCAGAGGAUCAGUGUGUUCCGAGACAGCAGUGCCUACACUCUGGCAGGCAGCCAUUCUCUGUUCAAUGACUACAAGGCAAACGACCAUAAGCCUCCACCUAUUAUAGACUUUGGGAAGAUAAUUAUCUACACAAACAACCUGAAAAUCAUCCGAACCCCGAUGGACAAAGGGGACUUCAUGAGGAAAAUCCUCCAGAAGGAAGAGAUUGCUGAGAAAGAGGCUCUGAUGAGCACAGGAGAAAGCGAUGGAGACAGGGAGCAAAAUGCCAGCCCCCUGCCGGAUACCGAAGGCACGUUUCUCCAUAAUCAGCACACACAGGAUGGGUUGGUCCCUGAGGACAACUGUCUCCACUGCCAGGGGUCCGGCAUCGCCACCUGUUCUCUGUGCCAUGGCAGCAAGUUCUCAAUGCUGGCUAACAGAUUCAAGGAGUCCUAUCGAGCCCUCAGGUGCCCGGCCUGCAAUGAGAAUGGCCUGCAGCCUUGUCGAAUUUGCAGUUCAUAG